AUUGGUGGAUUGAUCCUCAGGUACGUGAACAGGCUGAAGGAGGAUGAUGAAUUGUGUGCUGCAGCGCUGCAGAACGGUCACAUGUUCCCGUUCCACCGUCUGUCUCCUCUGCUACAACGCACUCAGCAGGGAACCUUAAGACCAGCUACACUGAGAACCACAGAGGUGCAGUCGGUCCUGGAGAGACUCGGUUCUGACAGAACCCUGCUGAAGGAGUCGGUUCUAAUUGGCUGCUCUGAACAGAACCAGGUCCAGUUCUGUCUGGACGUCGGAGAACUGGAUUAGGCCUCAGUAGAAGAACUGUGUGGAGGAACCUUCAUCAAUCUGAGGAAGGCCUUCUUUCUUCUGACGGGAGCAGAGGCACCUCUAGUGGCCAAGGGUCAGGCUCUGCUACGCUGGCAUCAAACCAGUGGCCUCUGCAGCUCCACAGGAGAACCGACCCACCGGGACCAGGCAGGAAGUCAGCGAGUCUGCAGCCGGUCCGGUAUCAUGUACUACCCCAAGAUGUCUCCGGUGGUGAUCGUCCUGGUGUCUGAUGGGAAACGGUGUUUAUUAGGCCGCCAGUCGACCUUCCCUCGGGGGAUGUACAACGCUUUGGUCGGGUUCUGUGACAUGGGUCAGUCUACCUGUGAGACUCUGGAGGAGACCCUGAGUAGGGAGGUGGGUCUGGAGGUCCACAGUGUUUCCUACAGUUUUACCUUAAUAACUGAGGUACUACCUGUAGUACUCAGUCAUGUGACCUGCUGUGUCCAGGUGUCCGUGGACUCAGAGCUGGAGGACGCCCGCUGGUUCAGUCUGGAGAUCACCUGUGCUCUACAGGUGAAGAGAGGAGACCUCCCCCGCCUUCCUCCAAAACACGCCAUCGCCUCAUCACAGAGUGGACGGACCUACAGAGACGCACUACGGACUGUGAGGUCCAGACCAGAACCACACACAACUCAUCCAGACUACAGAGUCCAGACCGGAGGCUGUGAGACGUCCUGAGACCCAGAAGGACUUGUUUAUAUGAACCAGAACAUGUACUGUGCACUGAGAGGGGGGCGUGCGUAUGAGGUCAUCGUUCAGUGUGACUUCAUAAGCUGUUAAUGUUCCUCCACAAUAAAGAUCUGAUCAUAGAUCAGUGUUUCUUUAACAACAAGUAAAG